AUGCAUAGGGGAUACCUUCCUUUUCUCGCCGCGCUGGCCCAGGUCACAGGGUCGCUGGCAAAGACGGUCACAUACAACUGGAACGUUACCUGGGUCUCUGCUAGUCCAGAUGGAUUUGAAAGGCCGGUUAUUGGGAUCAACGAUGCUUGGCCAUGUCCAAAGAUCGAGGCCAAUGUUGGCGACUUUGUCGUUGUCAACCUGAACAACAAGCUGGGGAACGAGACGACCGGUCUCCACUUCCAUGGCAUCAACCAAAUAAGUUCCAAUGACAUGGACGGCGCCGUCGGCACCAAUCAAUGUCCUCUGCCUCCAGACUAUUCCGUCAAAUAUCGGUUCUAUGCCGAUGCACCUGGCACAUAUUGGUAUCAUUCGCAUAGUAUGGGGCAGUAUCCAGACGGCCUCCGCGGGCCGCUGAUUAUUCAUGACCCCGACGACCCGUACGAAGACGACUACGACGAGGAAGUCAUCCUUACACUGUCUGAUUGGUACCGUGAUCAGACGCCAACAUUGCUGCAGACUAUGAUCCAGCCCAAUAAUACGCAAUUUGCUCCUCCGCUGCCUAAUAGCACUCUAAUCAAUGACGGGGGUGAUGGUCACAUCCCCGUUGAGGCGGGCAAGACGUAUCGCAUCCGGAUGAUUAACUGGUCCGCUAUGUUCUCCACCUUCAUAACAUUUGCAGACUUUGACAUGGAUGUCAUUGCAAUCGACGCUUCGUAUGUGCAGAGGACGUCCGUGCAGCAACUGCGCAUAUCCGCCGCCCAGCGGACAGAUGUCCUGAUCACAAUCCCCGAUGAUGCAGACAGGAACUACCCGUAUCUUGUUGCCUUGGACGUGAAUCAAGAUUUUUCGUCCAAAAACCCUCCGAGACCAGUCUCGUUCCUGUUUAACGUCACUGGCCUGUUGGUCACGGAUGACGACGGGGACAAGACCGAGACAUUUGACGUCCAAGCUUUCGAGCCCUUCGACGAUGCUACCUUCGCCCCGGAGGACGAUGAAGAGGUGUACGGCCCCGUCGAUAAACAGUGGAUCCUGUUUUUCGACUACUGCCACGAUGUCAAUGGGUAUCCCAGGGCAUGUUUCAACGACACGAUGUACAUUCCGCAGAAGGUUCCAGCGUUGUAUUCGGCAUCUUCCUUAGGAGAGAACAACACCCAGACCGCUGCGUACGGGCAGGUGAACCCUUUCAUCGCCGAGUACGGCGACGUGAUCGAGAUAAUAAUCAACAACAACAACGACGCGAUCCACCCGUUCCACCUGCACGGGCACCAGUUCCAGGUCCUCGCGCGUCCGGAAAGCGAGGCGGGGAACUGGUCCGCCGACGUGGCCAUUAACGAUGUGCCACCGAGGCGAGACACCAUCGCCGUGAACUCAAAAUCGUACGCUGUGUUUCGCAUCAAGGCCGACAAUCCGGGUGUUUUCCUGUUUCACUGCCAUGUCGAGUGGCACGUCGAGAUGGGUCUAAGUGCAACCUUGCUCGAGGCCCCCGACAAGCUGCGAAACUACACGAUCCCCCAGGACCACAUCGACGCCUGCGACGCUAUGGGCAUACCGACGACAGGCAACGCCGCCGGAAACGAGGAUUGGGAUAACACGGAUGGCUUCGUUACGGUGCCACCGACGGAAUACACAGGGUAA